ACGUGCCGCAGAUGACGUAGUAACCCGGAAGAAAACGUUCGCCUCACAAUCAUCAUCGUCAGCUGACAACACAUCCAGCGUGCGAGCGACAAACGAAGCUUAAAGACGAGCUUUAUGAAGUGGAAGCCUGAUUAUGACAGCGCUGCGUCUGAAUACGCUAAAGCAGCGGUCGCCUUUAAAAAUGCUAAACAGCUGGAACAGGCCAAAGAUGCGUAUCUACAGGAGGCUGAAGCGCACGCGAACAACAGAUCACUUUUUCAUGCUGCAAAGGCGUUCGAGCAGGCCGGGAUGAUGCUGAAGGAUCUGCAGAGGAUGCCAGAGGCCGUGCAGUACAUCGAGAAGGCCAGUGUGAUGUACGUGGAGAACGGCACUCCGGACACCGCCGCCAUGGCCCUGGACAGAGCUGGGAAGCUGAUGGAGCCGCUGGAUCUGUCCAAAGCUGUUCAUCUGUACCAGCAGGCGGCGGCAGUGUUCGAGAAUGAGGAGCGACUACGGCAAGCAGCGGAGCUCAUCGGAAAAGCGUCAAGACUUCUUGUACGACAACAGAAGUUUGAUGAAGCCGCUGCGUCUCUUCAGAAGGAGAAGAGCAUGUACAAAGAGAUGGAGAAUUAUCCCACGUGUUAUAAGAAAUGCAUCGCUCAGGUUCUGGUCCAGCUGCACAGAGCGGACUACGUGGCGGCGCAGAAGUGUGUGCGCGAGAGUUACAGUAUCCCGGGCUUCAGCGGGAGCGAGGACUGCGCCGCCCUGGAGGAUCUGCUGCAGGCGUACGAUGAGCAGGACGAAGAGCAGCUGCUGAGGGUCUGCAGAUCACCGCUCGUCACGUACAUGGACAACGAUUAUGCAAAGCUGGCCAUCAGCCUGAAGGUGCCUGGAGGAGGAGGAGGAGGAGGAGGAAAGAAGAAACCCAGCGCUUCUGCUUCUGCUCAGCCACAGGAGGAAGAGGACGACGAGUACGCUGGAGGACUCUGUUAAAACACACACACGCACACACACACACACACACACACACACGCGCACACACGCACACACAAUGCAAGCUGGACUGGCAUCCUCUGUGAUCAUCUCACCGUCGCUGCAUUAAACAAACACAAAUGAAGUGCGUACGCCACGGGCUCCUCUCUCUCAAGUACGUGUAUUUAUUCAGGUCUGCCUUUACACUUCAUGUUCAGUUCCACAAGCUUUACAGGCAACACCACACCUGAGAAACAGCCUCUCCCGGUGGACGGACCUCCUCGCAGACACCAACACUCAUCCCGGGUAAAUCAACAGUUCACAUCACAUCAAUAUUCCCUCACACUUUACAGCAACGCUUCAUGUUUUUACUCAUUCACACGCACUGUAAACGUGACUGGUUACUUCAAAACCGUGAGUAAACCCAUCGCAACACACACCUGCAAGAUGCCUUAAUGUUAUGCCCGUGCCUUUUCUGCACAAUAAUACAAAUAACGCGAUGUGUUUACGUACUGUUUGAAUGUAGACUGAUUCCGUUAUACAGCGGAUAAACUGCCAGCGUCACCAAUCACGUUAACUCAGCACUUCAGGUCAUCGUGACGAGCGCACAUCAACACUUUAACAAUGUUCUUAACCGCAAUUGACCUUAUACAGAUGUAAAACUGUGCUCGUUAUCAUUACUUAAUGCGCAUGAUUGACGAUGUUAACACAGAUACAUUUAUUGAACUGUCACAGCGGCGGAUUUACCCAUCCUAAACUAUUCCAGACACGUCUUUAAACGCACCAUCACGCAGUCUGCUACUCUGCAUUACAGUGCGAUACUACUGACAAUAAUAAUAAUAACAACAUCAUGUAAAGGAUCUUGUAAAACUUUGAGUAAUUUUUUUCCACUAAACGAUUUAACAUUUAUUUGACAAUAUCUAGCAUCUCAAAUCCACUUCCCUCAACUAAAUAAUCGAAGCCAUCCCUGUUUAUAUUGCAUGUCAACACGUGUGCACAAUACAAGCUAUAUUUUAACACAUCUGUAACCCCUGACUUCCAUACGAUUUAGUUUUCCUGCCUUUUAACUUUCAGCUUUCUUCCCGAUGUCUUAUUUUGUGUUCAGAAACUACUUUGGAAGCACUCAAGAGAGACGGUAAACACUGAUUAAAUUGUCUUUUUUGGGUGAACUAUUCCCUUCAUUCCUAUCAUUACUGUUGUAUGUUUUUCUUUGACCAAAUUAAUUCUUGUGAGCGGGACAGCUGCGCUCAAAAACACUCUAAUAUGCAAUCACAGCUCUGAAUAUGAACUAUUAUAAAACAGUUUCUUAUCCAAUUCCCUCAACUAAAGCUGUCCUAUUUACAUUACAUGUCAACUGUAAUGUCAUGUGUAUUUAUAUAGCGCAUUUAUCGUGUAUGGCCAUACACCCAAAUCGCUUCACAAUCCACACCACCACCACCACCACCAAUGAUCCAACUGAUCGUCAUCUUAAGGUUCUGUCUGCGUUCUGACUGAUUUUCAGAUAUUGAGCGUAAAAGUUUGUGCAUUCCGUACAGCAAACGGUACGUGUGUAACAUUCGUUUUGUUUUUUAUAAAAGGUUAAAAAAAGUCUUUAAAAAAACACAUCCCAUAAUGUCAUUUAAUAAGAAUGCCAAUAACUCAAUUUUCUCUCAAAUGUCGGAUCGAAACCUUAUAAUUCUAAGGUGGCGAAAUGUAUAGAACAGAGAUGUCCAAGCUCAGUCCUGGAGGGCCGGUGUCCUGGAGAGUUGAUCUCCGACCCUAAUCAAACACAGCUGAAGCAGCUCAUCAAGCUCUCACUGGACAUACUGGAAACCUCCUGGCUGCUGUGUUGAAGCAAGUUAGGGCUAAACUCAGCAGGACGCCGGCCCUCCGGGACCCACAUUGGACACCCCUGGUAUAAAACAUGUCAUAUUUUUAUGAAACGUGUAAGCAUUGACUUCCAUAGAAUUUGUUUGAGGAAAUAAAUAUCUACAUAAUGUUCUGCUACUGAUUCCUAGCAUCUGUUCAGUUUAAUUAAAAACAAACAUGUACUCGUUUCACUGCUGGACUUCUUCAAGAUUGAGGAUGGCGGACUUUCUAAACCCUCGCCAUGCAAAAUAUUACAGAAAACAGUGCUGUAUACAGAGCUACGAUUAAUACUUCUAGCUCUUUAUUCAGGGGCUGAAAUAUUACACUUUUUAUUUAAUAUCUAAAUGACGUUUUAACACUGUGAUUCUGCCCAAGACACCAUCAUUAAUCUAAAGUGAUGCAAAUUAUGAGGGCUACUCGCAUCAGGUCUGACUGCGCAUGUGUCAAAUACAGCGUCACGUCUCCAAACUGAUGCAUAUCGUCAGUUCCUGCAUGGCUGCGUCUCUCGGCUAAUCAAUGGCCAGGUUAUUGGAUGAUUUGGAUGAAACCUGUAAUAGCAGCUUGUUUUUAUAAUAAUAGUAAUACUUAUUAGGUAACUCUUUACUAUAACAGUACAUGAAUAAUGAUGUAUUAAUAUGUAAAUUAAACAUGACUUUAUUAUGAAUUAGUGAUGAGUUAAGGUGUGAUCAUGAAUUAACUUUAACUACAACAUGAGACACAUGAGUUCAUGUGUCAAUGACGGCUACCUUAAUGACUCGUCACUACAUGUUGUUAAUUAAUGUAUUAAUUUACAUUUAAGUUUUAGCUAAACGUAACCAACAUGACCUCAUGAGCUGUUCAUGUAUAGUCAUGUCAGGACUUUACUCGGAGGAGCACAUCACCGUUAACUCAUUCUUAACUACUCAUCAACUCCUGUACAUGUUGAUGUUGACAGAACCCUUUUCAGUGUAAACCCACUAGUAGGACGUGCGUAAGGAGCUCACGAGUAGUUAAGAUUGGGUUAAUGAUGAUGUGCGCCUCCAAGUAAAGUCACAACAUAAUUAUACAUUAACGUAUCACGAGUUCAUCAUGGUUACAUUAAGCAUAAACCAAUUAAUACAUUCAUUAACAAACAAUCAUGUACUCAUGUGUCAUUAAGGUAGCUGUCAUUCACACAUGAACUCGUGUGCAUCAUGUUGCAGUUAUUCAUGAUUAGCGCACACCUUAACUCAUCGCUAAUUCAUAAUAAAGUCAUGUUUACUUUACAUAUUAACACAUCAUUAUUGAUGUACCGUUAUUGUAAAGAGUCACCACUUAUUAUAAUAAGCCCACUAAACUAACCGAGUGCAAUCCGCAGAACUUAUUCUAGCUACAUCUUCCAUCAACGCCACUGCCAGUUCUUAUUAAAGGAUUCGGCUUUGAAGAAUCCACUACAGGCCGUGAGCAGCCGCUUGCUUUGCUGAUGGGUAAAUCCGCCCCUGCGCUGGGAUCAGUGUACGCUGUAUCGUUUGCUCAUGUUAAACGCGUCAGCUGAUGAAGCGCUGCUGUAAAGUGGAACUGUUUCAUACGCUGGGAAGUCCGUAACAGUGCCUGCCUUAAACAAAACAAGGGGAAUGUAUCUGUCAAUACUCGGUUCACGACUGAUGCCGCAGAUGAACGCAUGAUCGCCUUAACAAUGACCUGAUCAUGACUCGGCGGGGAACACUUUUGCUUGUUAUUAAUCUGCGCACGCUCUAAAUAAAGACAUUUCUAGUGCA